AUGUCAGGCUUACAGCAUCUCAUUGAUUUCGUGCUGAAUGAAGUCGCGCUCUGCGGCGAUCAAGGAGCGCAACUCUCAGAUAUCUUGCAAAAUAUUGAUGAAUUCUAUCGCACUCAACAGCAGGAUCGCGAAUCUCCAUCCCAAGUCAUUGAUCGUCGUUUCAAAACUAAGGUCUGGGCCUGGCUCGUGAGAAAUCCGGAGGUGUCAGUGGGCGAGAAUAAUCAAUGGAACCACUUGACACUCGAUGAAGCAGAGAAGAUCUCAUCCAAGGCGACCAAUGACGGAAAGGAUAGCAGCAACCACGACACGGACUCCAAAUCUGCCCCAUCCUCACUUCGCAUUUUCGUCUCAAAAGAACGAACCUGGCGUGCUGUCGCUGGCCACGCGCCAGAUGAUUCUAAAGUGGUGCCCCUAGAGUUUGCCUUGCUGUCCAUUAUUGCCUCGUGCAAGUCGAAGGGUAUCGCGCAGCCAGAUCUGGUGAAACUCAGUGGCCAAGACAAGCGAUCUGUUCCUAAGCGCACGGAUGCAUUGCAUCGAAAGGGAUACAUUGACAAGCGUCCCAUCCAAACAAAAACUGCUCGCACAAGUCUCUGCACUCUCCAAAGAUUCCGCCAUUCAACGGCCCAGACAACGGCCGACCAACCGAAAGAUGGAGGUCAACCAGCAGGAGACGAAGCGCAAUCCGCGAACAUGAUUGAUUUCGAUAGCUUCAACAACAAGCUUUUUGACAUUCUCCGAGAGCAUCAGAUCAUCGCUCGCGAAGACCUCAAAAGAAAGCUGGGGUUCAAGGACAAAUGGCGCUGGAAAGUUCUAUCUCGUGCAGUCCGAAAAUGGGAACGCAUUGGAGUAGUGAAGCGUAUCAGGGCGGAAUCGCAGUACGAGAAACUGCAUCCUUGCAUCAAACUUGAGCGAGAUCCCACUGCAACAGACCUUCAGCUGUUCCACGAAUUUGAUUUCGAGGUCUUGAGUAAACACGGAGUGGAAAAGGCGGGAUCAGCGAUCCCCAUCGACAGGCAACAAGAAGAAGGGGGCUUUGAAGCUCCGCUCAAUGGCUCGUCAGGUCCCGAUGAGGGCAAUUUUGACAUGAGCAAAGGACAAACCGGGCCUACCAAGCGGAUCGUGCCAUCUUGGACGCCGGAUCGAAACCUCAACAACCAGCUGUUUGACGUAAUUAACGCGACAGGCACUACCGGCAUCACAAACAUGAAACUUAUGCGCGUUUGUUUCGGCCUUUACUUCAAGCGACCUGCCGAAAAUUUGGUUCAUCGGUUGGUUGAUUUGUGGCAAGUGGCUCAGCCACUCCAUUUGCGCCAUUACGCGGUCGUUCGAGACAUGGCAAUGGAGAGAACUGUCAUGUUUUACGUCCACUACUCAGCGAAAAACUUCGCAAAGAUCGUUGAAAGCGGCAAUGCAUCGUGGGAGGCAGUUGAGUUCCCCGAAAAGAAGGCAAAGACACUCAAAAUCAAUCUACCUCCCUGGGGCGCUGUCCCUGAACUCGACGAAUAUGGUUUCCCGAUCAAUGCUACCCCCAAAUCUUUGCUGAAGAACCCCAAUGCGACUUUACGUGACGGGAUAGCCGCUGCCAAACCCGCUGAUUACAAGCUUUCUUCGAGCGAUCCUUUUGUGAUUCGACUUCCAGAUGGCCAAUAUGCGGUUCGAAGACGUCGGGACAAGCUUCCAGCUGGCGCGAAGCAGAUGCAGAUUCCCCGAAAGGCUGUAGGUCCACCUACGGGUCGACCCAAAGGAAGACCUACUCUCGCAAUGUUGGCACAGCGCAAGAAGGAUGCCGAGGCAGCAAAAUCAAGGGGAAAUGAGCCUGAAAAACGCCCACAUGAACCAAUCAUAGCUGAGUCGCAGGCCGAGGACGAAAAUGAAGAAUCUCCACCACCACGCAAGAAAGUCAAGAGAAAGCACCUGGAUCUACAAGGAUUAUCCAGAAAGGAGAAGCUCGAAGCACUUGGUAUGGAUGAGAACUGGACCGAGUACAACGCUCUUCUUAUGGACAAGCCCGGCCCUGGGGUCUAUGUCACCCCAGAAGGCCGAAGAAGACCUGUGGGCAAAGCACGUGGCCGCCCCAGGAAGAGUAGAAUCGCAGUCUUCAAGUCAUCAAAGUUGUCUUCACUCCCUUGGUUUGUCAAAGACAAAGACGAUUCAGACAACGAAGAAAUCAACAAUGAUGAUACCAUGACUAUUGCAGAAUUUAUGGCGUCUCGAACCGCGCGGGACCCCAAGACUCCGGGUCCAGCAAAGAGACCAUACCCCGAGGAAAGCUCUGCAGCUCCGGCCACUUCCUCGGUGCCCCACUCGGUUGGGGUGAAACUUGAAAGGUCCUCUAAGAGGCCAUGCCUCGACGUGCCACGAGAGGAAGGUAACAUUGAGCCUUUGAAUGCAAGCACGGCGGCAGUGUCUGAGAUAGUGCCCGCAGCAAAUCAGGAAGCUUCUCAGGAUGCGACCACCCCGCAUCAUCGCGACAAGAGCCUCAGCGUUCAUUCACUUCAAGAUGAGAACGAUCAAACACCAUCUAAGCGACGUCGAAUUGAGUCACCAUCGCAUCUAGUGAGCUCGCACAACAAACAAGCCCCGACAGCUUCUGCUCGCAUCAAACCUCCGCGACCAACACUCUCUCGACGUAUACCUCGAGGCCUUCGUGGUAGGGAUCUUACUGAAGAAGAGAAACAGUUACUAGGGGCUCCGAAGCCUCUGAUUGAGCGAGGUGGAUCCAUUAGUCUUCUUCGGAGGAAAGUCCUUAUGGAAAUCAUGGAUCAAGCAGGGGGCGCUUACCCAGGCGGUGCAGUGAUCUGGUACCCUUUCGUCACCCUAUGGAUGAAGAAGGGAAACAAAGAAAAGCCAGACAUGAAGACUGUCAAGAAUGCUUGUAAACAGCUCAUUGAUGCCGGGCACCUUCGACAAUUGACCUUCAGUGGACGGGACAGCAAGGGAGCCAUGGUCACAAAAACGCUGCUGUACAAGCCCGAUAUCUCUCCAGAUGACCCAGUGGUGAAGGAGAUGCAGAAGAAAUACCUUGCCAUGGAUUCUCAUGAGCCGCGGCCUGGAUUCUGCGACAAAGUCGAAAUCGACCGCUUAUUGACACGAAGCAGCGGUCGACCACACGGUGACCCGCCACGACGCCAGAAGUUUAUGUUCCCUGUGGAACAAGGAGUUCAUGUCAAUCUACAGCAAAAACCUGCUUCUAUUCGCAACGAAGAGAAAAGGAAGACCGAUUCAAUUAAGAAUAGGUUCCUGAAAGGUCUUCAGAUCAAACAACGGAUUGAAGAACGACUUGCUGCCCGCAUCGCUGCCGCGGAGAAACAGGAGCUUAGUGUACCUGGAGUCCUGCGACUCAUGACGCUGGCCCGUCCUCCGGCUCUAGACACCCAUGCAGUGGGGCAAACUUCGAUCAUGCGACCAUAUGUUAGCGCCAAAAAGCGCGAGCCUCGCAAGCUUCGAAACCCCGUGGUUCGUGCCAACCGGAUGACGAAACCAAUUUCUUCCAUUGGACCGUACGCUAUGUUGAUGAGACCACCACAGCAUUUCCAUUUGGCCACUGGUACCUUUUCUACAGGAUCAUGCGCGCCCAGGAAGAAGUCGCGAUAUGUGCAGCCAAUCGUUAACCUCGGUGUAUAUGUUGAUGAACUCAAUAGACUGGCACACGAUGGUGAAGUUGGUCCCAAGACGACCAGACUUCCACACGGAGAGUUCAGCUCGAGGGCCGACAAAAUUCUCAGAUGGGAACUUGAGCAUGAGAAUGUCUUCGAGAGAGACCUUCAUGACCAGCCGUUCAUUGACCAAACAGUGGAAGACGUGUUCGAAACCGCGCCAAUCGACGGUGACAUUAUCUUUGCGGCCGAACUGCACCCCCGCUCGAGGACUUUCAUGAAACACACCACCAAACAUGGUGAGGUACCGCAUGAGGAGCAACUUGUAUCCAUGUCUGAACCCGAGCCCGAGCCCGAGCCCAUUCCCGAAGUGGUAGCGACUCCAAAGAAGACAAAGAAGUCCAGACAGCGGAGAGCACUCCCCAACGUGGAUCGUCGGCUGGACAAGCUUGAUGGGCCUUCUGCUGCUACUGGCUCGCCUGAGAAGAACGUUCAGUCCACGCCUCGCCAGCGCUUCCGCCGGACAAGAUUUGUGCGCCCACUUUCCGACGAACUCGUUCGCAAUAUCAUGAUCGCUAUCAUUGCCGUUCGAGUACUUGCAGGUGGCGCUGAGUCAAGAGUGAUUGACUGGCAACUGGUGGCCAAGGCUUUCCCAGACCAAGAUUCAACUCUCAUCGACAGCCGAGCGCGUCAAGUUCUCAACAAAAAUCGUUUGCAAAUGGCAAAAAUGCAGCGAGAUUUCCAGGAAAAAUUCCUCGAAGCCUACGCCAAGGACGAGGUUCCUCGCCUGGAUUACUAUGACCUUGAGUCCUACGACUGGCCCGCCGUCGUUGAAUGGGCUAGCACUCACCUUGAGGUGUCUCCUACAGAACGUGUGCCGGAUCUUCCUGCUACACGGGAACAAUUUGACAGCCUCUUUGAACUGCGUGUGGAACCUCUGACGGCAGGAGAUGAGCUCUUCCAGGCUGUGCACGGUGUUACUAUCAACAAAAAGCGUAGCCUGAUGGCUCAGAAUCCGUUCGCCAUAUCCUUGGAGGACCCCACACCUAAACCGAGCCAUCGGAAGCAAGAAUUGGAGCAGCUCGACAAUGCAAAGACUUGGGUUCGCGCAAAUAUCAUCACACCAGAAAAGACCUAUCGACCCAAUGAGGCCAAUGAUGUACUGCAGCUCUUCGGGGAGAAGCUCAUCUCACAGGCAACCCAGAUGCUGAUUAACGAACGUGUGAUUGGAGCAAUGAACAAAGGCCGCAUUACACCGGGCCGCAACUUUGAUGUCUCAGAGACCUUUAUGCAAACAUUGAGUCGCAAACGCGGCAUCGACAGUACGCAGCUCCGGCAGGCCUCCAAAUUCAAGUGCGAUGUCCUGGACCACGAGCUCCGAAAUACUGGCUCCUCAGAAGUCAGCUACAGUGCGGAGGAUGGUGAUAUUCUUUCUCUGAUUAACCUUCACGCUGCCGGUCACAUUCAGCUGCGGCCUCACGACGCCCCUCGCAACAAGUUUGGCCUCACAGUUGAUGGAGGAUAUCUCACUCGGCAAAUGGACAAGAGAGUUCUUCGUUUCCCUGUCAAGAUCACCCCCACUGAGAAAUAUUUCACCGGAAACCCUGUCCAAGCCAAGGCAGAGGCUGCUGUCCUUCCACCACCACCUUCAUCAUUGGGUCCAGGGCAUCCACCGAAGACCCCGCUCUGGUACGAUAUGAAUGGAGAAUUGGAGCCGCAUCUUUGGAACAUGGCCAUGGGUCCUAUCCUCGGAUGUCUGGUGAUGCGUCCUGGAAUCAACGCAAAGGUUCUUGCCGGCAUGAUCAAACCGAUUAUGGCAUCAUGGGAAGUCGCAAUUGUUUUGCAGUGGUUGAGCCAGGUGGGUGUUGUCAAGCCCAGUACCGAAGGAGAGCCAGAAAGCUGCGGAUGGAAGCUACAGGAGUCAUGGUGGAUGAUUCCCACUUGA